UUACAGAUUAUUCCAUCUCUGAAGCAAAAAUUUAAAUGGAUAAUUGUUCUUGAUUUCUUGGGAUUUGGAUACAGUGAUAAACCAAGAUUUCAUUCCUAUUCAAUUUUUGAACAAGCAGACAUUGUGCAGGAAAUUUUAUCAUUUGAAAAGAUCAAGAAUGUUCAUAUACUAGCACAUGAUUAUGGAGAUACUGUUGCUCAAGAACUCUUAUACAGAGAUCAAAAUCAACUUCUUGAAUUUAAAAUUAAUUCUGUUUGUCUUCUUAAUGGAGGAAUAUUUCCAGAUAAAUAUUAUCCAAGACUUUCACAAAAAGUACUAAUGUUACCUAUAAUAGGAACAAUAACAGCCAAACUAAUCAGUUUUCCAUUUGUCAGAGCUGGACUUUGUGAAUUAUUUGGACCAAAUACACAACCUCAUUCAGAAGAAUUACAUAAUUUCUGGUCUAUUAUGCAAUACCAAGAAGGCUAUAGAGCAUGGGGAUCGAUUUUAAAUUAUAUACAAGAAAGAAAUGAUAAUGAAGAAAGAUGGGUUUCUGCAAUUCAGAAAGCAACUGUACCAGUAUAUAUGAUAUAUGGACCAGCAGAUCCCGUCAAUCCACCUCCAUUUGCAGAACAUUACAGAAAAAUGAUACCAAAGCCACUUAUUACAGUACUUCCAAAUCAUAUUGGGCAUUAUGUUCAGCUUGAAGCUCCAGAAGAAAUGAUAGAAAAUUAUUUUAAUUUUUUAGAUAAUUUAGCAAAUAAUAAUUCCACACAAUUGUAGUUAUAUCAUAACAGAAAGUUUAUAACAGAAUGACUUAAAUAGAACUCAAGACUGGAAACAAAAUCAUCUGUUUAUUCUCAUACUCUUGCAAUUAGAUGGAAAUGAAUGAUUGUGGCUAUUUAAUGGUGUUAUGAGCUUAGUUAUUCAGUAAUAGAAGUAAUAUUAUUGAAUAACUUUCCUCUUCUAUAAUAACAUAUCAAGGUGGAUAUCUUAUAUAAAUCAAUUUUUAUCACUUUCUUGAGUUAAGUCAGUAUGAAAAGAUACUCACUCAUUUAUCUGCAUUUCCUAAUAAUUGAGGGUCCACUCAAGAACAGCUUGUCCUAUUCCAAUACAUUGAAGUUUUUGCAAAUAUUUUAGUAUUGAGAAUUUGAAUUCUUUUUAAGUUGUUUGUAACAAAAUUUUUAUAACAAUUCUUUGUUUGAAAAUUGUUUUAUACAACAGAUUUUUAACCAAUUUUUGGCAAAUUUCUUGAUACAUUUACAUUCUUGAUACAUUGAAGCUUUUUUACAGCCAAUUUAUGUGUUAUAUUUGUGAAUUAUAAGUUGUGAUAUUAAUGUGCCAAUAUUAGAAAUUUUCGUCUAUAAAUAUAUUAAAGAAUACUAUAUAUAAUUCUUUAAUUCUUAAUUGCCUUAAAAAAUUAUUACUUAUAAACACAAAACUUUUCUUUUCAUCAAAUAAUAGUGAUAGGUUCAUUUGAAUGAUUUUUAUGAUCAAAUGAUUAAUCUUUGAAUGUCUUGAAUAAUUAAAUGAUCAUUCAAAUGAAUUAUUCAAAUCUGUAAAAUUUCUUCUAUGAACUAAAUUUUUGAAUUCUCAGAUGUUUAAGUCAAAAUGAUGAUGUAAUCAUUUCAUAUAUUCUACAUUAAGCACAGAAAUAUGAAAGCCUUUAAGUUAUUUUAAAAAUUUUAUUAUUAAUUAAUAAUGUAAUGCUUAAAUUAAUAAGUUACUUUUAGUUGAAUUUAAAUAUAUCACUUUAAUUUAUAAAAUUAUUAAAUAUUUGAAGUGUUUUUGCUUUAAAUGAUUAAAACUGAAACUGUUUUCAAACAUCCACCAUGGGAAAAAAUCAAGAUACACUAUGUAAACAACUAGCUUAAUUAACUACUUACAGCACAUGAUACAGUAUAGGGUUUUUACUGUACAUGAUGAGAAACUGCUAAUGUGUAAUACAAUAUUUUUUCUUCUUUUUUUGAGAAGUUGGACAUUGACUUCUUUGGUAUAGCAGUGCAGUUGCUGCCUUCUUGUAGUUAAAACUAAUUUUUUGGCAACUUUUUCUUUAUUUUAAUAUUACAAACUACAAUAAAAGGAAUUCAUUUGAAUAAUUCAACCACCUCUUUUAUUGUAUUUUUCAAAAUUAUAUUAAAAAGAUUGAUUAUUUAUGUUUUUAUUAUAAUAUUUUGAAUAAUAAUUUUUUGCAUUUGCAUAAAUAAAAACAUUUAAAACUUGUAAAAUUACAAAUGGACACUAUCUGUUAUUAAAGCUGAAGGAUUGUUGGAUUAUAUCUGGCUAUAUUGCUGCCACUGUUGAUAAUUAAAUUCUGUAAUUUGGCACUAAAUGUAGGUGUUUGGUGUUCUCUUGCUAAAUUUAACAUUUAUAAUCUGGCAAUUGUUUGGCUUUAAUAUACACUGGCAGAAAAUGAAAUCCCAACACCAAGAAAAAAUUAAUUUACAGGAAUGAAAUUCAGGCAAAGCAUUUGUCUAGGUAACAUAUUUAUUUGAUUGAAUUUUUAAGGUCACAGGCUAAAGUAUGUGCAAGAAGAUCUAUUUCAAAUGUGAAAUGGUGGUACAUUAAUAACUGUUGUAGUCUCCAUGAUUUUGAAUGCAAGCAUGAAAACGUGCAUGCAUUGUGUCGUACAGGUGCUGUAUGUCAUUUUAUGGGAUGAAGUUCCAUGCCUGUUGCACUUGAUCAGGCAAAUCAGCAACAGUUAAUGCUGGUUGUGGGUAAUGCUGAAUUUGUCGUCUGAUAAUGUCCCAUAUGUCAUCAAUGGGAGAAAGAUCUGGUGAUCUCGCAGGCCAAGGCAACAUGUCGACACUCUGUAGAGCACGUUGGGUGAUAGCAGCAGCAUGGGAACGAGUGUAAUCCUGUUUGAAAACAUCCCCUUGACUAUUGCUCAUGAAUGGCAGUACAACCAGUUCAAUUACUAGUCUGACGUACAAAUUUGCUGUCAAGGUGCUUGGGAUAACGAUGAGAGUGCUCCUGCUGUUACAGGAAAUUGCUCCUUACACCAUAACUCCUGGUGUAGGUCCAGUGUCUAUGGCGCAGAUAGCUUGGUUUCAAGUGCUCACCUGACCUCCUUCUAACCAACAUACAGCCAUCACUGGCACCAAGACAGAAAUGACUCUAAUCUGAGAACACAACAGAUCGCCACUCCACCCUCCAAUGAACUCUUGCUUAACACCUCUGAAGUCACAGAUGGCAGUGAUUUGGAGUUAGUGGAAUGAAUGCCACAGGGCGUCUGACUCGGAACUUCCCUCAAGUAAUCAAUUUGUUACAGUUUGCUGGUGCCAACAGAAGCUCUAAUUUCUGCUGCAGAUGCAGUACAAUGCACCACAGCCAUGCAGCAAAUAUGGUGGUCUUUCCUCUCAGUAGUGGCCCAUAUGCGGCCAGACCCAGAUCUUGAGACAGCACCUUCCCAUGACCACAGCUGCCAACAAUCGUGUACAGUGGAUACAUCCCUUUCAAGUCUUUCUGCAAUAGCGUGGAAAGAAAACCACUUUUUUGUAGCCCUAUUACACGGCCUUGUUCAAACUUAGUAAGCUGCUGAUACUGCCUUCAUCUCCUUAAAUUAAAGGCAUUCUUGACUCAAACCUUAAUUCACAAUGUUCAAUCCGGAUGAUAAAUAACACUCAACAAGUUUACAUCCUGUAUUUACAGCAAACGUGAUUUGCAUGUUCAUAGUGGUGCUACUCAUGCCACUCUCAUUCGUCUAGUGCGAAAUUUGAAUAGACAUCAUCUUUCAGAUAUGAAAACACACCUACCAAGUUUUGUUUAUCUAGCACAACUCUUUCUUGGUGUUGGGAUUUCGUUUUCCACCAGUGGAUAAUUAUUGGGUUUUAGAAGUUGAUAUUUGGAGACUAUCAACUGUAGCUAUCAAUAAAAUUAGUAAAUUUUUUAUAAAGAAACUUAUGCACUUUUCAUAUAUGUCAUUAAUGUAAUAAACCAAUACUUUUAAUAGUAAAUAAAUAAUCCUAAUUAUUCCAUGACAAUAUGAUACAUAUUUAUAUAAGCAUUUAAGGUAACAAACAUUCCUUUUUAUAUCAAAACAUUUAGAAGUUUUUUUAAUAAAAUUUAGUAACUGCUGAAAUGCUAUGAAAGA